AUGGAGGGCGCGGCAAGGCCCGGCCCUGGCGGGGCUCCCGGGGGGCCGUCCGCGGUGGGCCCUGUGCUGGCGAGCGGCCCCGAGGAGGCGGCGGCCGCAGGGCAUCUGGGGCAGCGCGCCCCUCAGGGCGGCCUUUCCCAGCGAGGCCCCGUGGCUGACGGGCCCCCGGGGGACGGCGCUCAGGAGCAGGCCGCCAUCUUCGGGCAGGCGGGUGGGCGGGCAGCUGAGGCCGGGCCCCAGGGUGCGCAGGCGGGUAGCGGCGAGGGCUUGCUGCUGGUGCCGGGGGACGCCUUGGAGGUGGUGGCUGAGGAAGAGGUGACCCUGGACAGCGACGGCGAGGACGAAGACCCGGGCGAGGGCGCAGGGCCCGCUCCCGCGGUCACCGCCCCAUCGGUCCUGGAGGCGCUGCAGGCGCUUCAGUUAGAGCUGGAGCCAGUCAACAGGCAAGCCAGCCGGGCCUACUGCAGGCUGAAGCUCAGGAUGCGCCAGCGGCGCCAGCCCCAUCUGGAUCGCCGAGGCACCAUUAUUCAGGGCGUGCGUGGCUUCUGGGCCAAGGCCUUUGUGAACCACCCCCAGAUGUCAGCCUGGCUGAGUGACGAAGAUGAAGACAUGCUGGGCUACAUGAUCAACCUGAAGGUGGAAGAACACAGAGAUUGCUGCAGGAUUUCGUUGCUCUUUCGGAACAACCCCUACUUCCAGAAUGACGUGGUCAUCAAGGAGUAUCUCGUGCACAUCACUGGAUACAGGCCCUCUCACUCCACUCGCAUUCAGUGGCACCAGGCCUACCAACGGGAAGCCUACAGCCGCAGGCAUGACAACAGCAGCCUGAACUUCUUCAACUGGUUCUCUGACCACCACUUUGCAGCCUCUAGCAGGGUUGCCGAGAUCAUUUGCCAGGACCUGUGGCCCGAUCCCCUGCAGUACUACCUGAGGAGGAAGGCACAGGGAGAACGAAUCGUGAGGCGGAGAGGCACUGGCCAAGGACAUCUCACCCUCCCUCAUCUCACUCAGAGGAAACUGGCCAUCAGGCAGACAGGAGGAGAUACGCCUUUGUGCACACGUGUGUCUGUCUCCCUUGGUGUUUCUGGAAGGCCCAGAGUCAUGCCAAGGACGGGGCUACUGCAGGUGAAGAUGUAUGGUCAGGAGGGGUCUGCUGCACCGGGCAUCAGUUAGAGUGGACCUGUGGUGUCUCCUACAGAGUGAGGCUCAGCGAAACCUGCAUCGUGUAUUUGGGUUACAAAUUAAACCUUGCCUAGCCAGGCU